CAACUUUCCCAGAGUUCCGUGCGAAUGCAACGGCUUUGGUGAAGUCAUGAGAAAGCGCCGUUUGUUUUUGUUUUUCACGCGUUAUAAAUCUCCUCCGAGCCUUCAGAUGAUUUUUAUUUAUGCCUUUUAUUCGUCGCCGGGCUUUUAAGAGGGACACGGGAUAGUCCUUAAGUCAAAUUGCAGCGCUUUGCCCUUGUAAAAAUCAAACAUGCCUUUCUUCACUAACUUAUUUGCUGUAUGAGUCAGUGGAAACAUAACGUUAACGUUACUUACGUUGAACGGAUUGCAGGGAAAAUCCUGCUGAAAAGAGAGCGGCAUUCACCGAGUUUGAGUGAAAUGGAUGGAUAGACGCUUCCAAACUGACCUGUCUCAUAUAAAGUGUGGUUAAAUGCUUUUAAUUCGCUCAGUGAGACUGAAACAUAUGUUCUGGAGUCUAUGACACACUCAGUUUCCUCUCGCUUAGAUUCAGUGGAAUCGCUAAUCAACGAGCUUCCAUAUAUGUUUUAUCUCGGCCUGUUUUUUGUCAAUGUCUUAAUUCUCUACUAUGCCUUCUUAAUGGAAUACAUAGUCCUUAAUGUAGGGAUAGUGUUCUUGCCAGAGGAUAUGGACCAGGCACUGGUGGAUUUGGGUGUGCUUUCUGACCCAGCCUCAAUUCCAUACGACACAGACACAGAGCUGGAUGGUUUUGACGGAUAUCUGGAAUAAACCAACCAUGACUGACACUUCCAGCCGAAGCUUUCGUGGGGAAGUUGUCCUCUGGCCGAUUCAUUCGGUUACUGGAGAACCAUCGUCAAAGGGAACUGCAUAUGAUCUCUGCAGACAUAAAAAGAUGCUGCAAAGGUCACCUUAUAUAAAAGUGACUUUCAUGAAUAAGCUGUCCAGGCUCAGAGGACUGACCUGCAAGCAAGCCAUUGUGCCACAUGGAAUAUUUACCUGGAACAGAUAAGCCAAAAACGGACAGUGGGGUUUUCCACUGUCUCUUCAGAGAUCAAAUUCAGGCACUAACCACUACCGUGGAUAUAAAUAUUACAGUAGCCUAUUUAUUUUUAGUUUGCCGUUCAGCACUCAUGUAGGAUUCUGUGUCAGCUCUGCAAGGGCUUGCUAUUACUCUGUAGGCAGAACCCUUAUACGUGGUUAGCCUCGGCAUGUUUUCACUUCCUUUAAUACUAAUUUAAAUGAGCAAUACGUCAUGAGACAAACUUGGUGUCUGAAUAAGUGUUCUGGGUUUUUUCUCACUUAGGAAUCGCAUAUUUGCGACAGCCUGAGAAUGAUAUAUUUGACUGAGGUUCGUUUAUCCACUCAAUAUAUAUUUAAUAAAUGAUUACUUUCA